UGUGAUCCUGGAGGGCUGUAGUUUCUGUUUCCAUAUUAACACGACGGCUGAAUUACCAAGGAAGCUUUUCUAAACAUUAUCUUAAAUUUAUAUUAAUAGUCUACGAUUUUUGUAAUUAAAUCGCAGAUAAUAGGGUUCAAAUUGCUCUUGUUUUUUGUUGUUGUUGGCAGUUAUGUCCAAGCAAUGUAACAACAAGCAACAUUAACUUGAUUUAAACUUCCGUAUGUGAAAUCAGUGCAGACCUGUGGGUUUCCACUGUAUUCACUAGUGUUUGUGAGCCGCUGUAUGUGUGGGUGGGAUUUCGCUCACGCUGCUUGCGGACACUAGUCGUGCAACAGUCAGAAAACUAGUUCGGUGCUUUUUUUUUUUUUUUUUGUCUUUGCUGUCAUGGAGUCCCUGAAGAACAAACACCGUUCUCGAUCUGUGUUCGUCUGUGUCUUUGUGUUGUGUGUCCAGCUGCAGCUGAGUUUGACGGCAGACUGCCCUGCAGAUGGACGCACCUGGGUGCCGUUUGAAGACAAAUGUUACCACUUUGUCCACGGAGAAGAAGACAAAAUCAAAAGCUACACUUUUGAGAGAGCGAAAACCCUCUGCCAGGGAUUUGAUCUUUUGACCAUCCAGAGCGCUGAGGAGAAUGACUUCGUCAUUAAAUAUAGCCCAGAGGUGUGGAAAGGCAUUGUCAACGUGUGGCUGGGCAUGUAUUAUGACACAAACAGUGACGACAUGAAGUGGUUCGGCGACGAUCCUGUGCGAUUCACUAACUGGGAGGACAGCUCUCCAUCAGACCUCAUGCCCUUGGAUACAUGUGUGGCUCUGCACAGCAACACGGGAAAGUGGGAAAAUGUCAGCUGUCUGGAUGAAGUGGAGAAUGGAGUGAUCUGUGAGACAGCUCAGAAGGCAAAGGAAGCCAAGCAGAAACCCAGCGCACUGCUAUCCACCCUUGUCAUUCUCAGCGUGGUCGCUAUAAUGGGAGUCUCAGCAGUUAUUUGGUUCCUGCACCAGAAGCACAAUCUUGGCUCCACUAUUCUCACGGCAUUCGAGUACCACCCUCCGUUCCGAGUCCUGGACACAGACCAGUCCUGCCUGGUGGAAGCUGAGGAGACCGACAGCGUGCCAUAGGAGAACUUUUUCUCCCUUCCACAAUAGGAAGCACCAGGCCCCCUCCUCAUUGGGUGGGUUGGUGUUCAUGCAAAGAGAAUUCCACUCUAAAAAACAGUUACAGAAGUAGUUUUGGGUUAACACAUGUUGAUGUCAUGACUCAGAAUAACAUAGUGUGAUUGUGAGAAAACUGACGCCAGGCUUACUCUAAUACUAACCUCUCGCUGUGGCACAUAAACAUCUCACUACUUUUUUUUGUCACCUGCACUAACGAAGAAUCAUCUGUAAUUUUUUCAGAUUGGUGCAUUUUCAUUUUCAUCAGGUUAUUAUCAGGCACUACACAUUUCUUGGAUAAUUUUUGGGAUUAUUAUUUUUCUUUUUGCAUAUUAAAAAAGUAAUUUACUAUUGCUCAUUCAAAUAGGGAGGGUUUAGAUGAAGAGCAAAACUUUCAUAUUUUUGUGAGCAGACAGAAAUUUCCUGUUACAGGGCUACACCAGCGAUUUAGUAUUGCAUUCCCAUAAACUUGGGGGACAAACAAGAGGGAGAUUUAAAUAAAAAUGGUCAACUGAUGCAGCAGAGAAUGAGACAUUGUGAUUUUUAGUCCCUAAAAUGGAUGAAGCUCCAAAAAUGCUGGAUUCUACAUUUCACAUAAUGCAACCAAUCACGUUUCCACUUGACCCUCACUGCCUGGUAAAUGCUCCACACCCCCCAGUUUGUAGCACAGGCUUUCUGUUAUACAUUAGUUGUCUGUAAGCCUGGUGACCUCAUUUUCUCAGAAAGAUCCCUCCAGAGCCACACUUGUUUAUACAACCAUGAUGAGUAAACUGACCUUUUAUGUGAAAUUUAUUGUUAAAAUCAGAGGAGUGUCCCUUUUUAAGCAGUAUUCAAAGAAACAGGAAUUCUCAAUCACAGGCUACCAAGGGCACAUGUAAACAGCUUGAUCCGAAUAAGAGCCCAGCUACACUAGGAGCAAUUGCCUUGUUACUCCAUGCAUGUAAAUGCAGCCAGUGAGGUAGAUUUGCACAGUCCAUAAAGCAGAUUAUUUUCUAGGUAAAAUAUAUUGAAAUGGAAAGCCGUUCUAAACCAGUGCCACCAGAGAACGUCCUCACCGGUUUCCCUGCAUUCUGUCCUGGGCUUUAGUUUUUAUUGUGACAAGGUGUGAAACUAACCAAAUAUAGCCAGUAAAACCAGAUGUAGUUAAAAAUCGUGACACUGAUCAAACUCUUUAUUCAUUCCAGGAUAUUUUCAAGCUGGCUAUCAUGAAAAGAAUCUACAUUCAUGGUUCAUCUGCCCUUUAUGUACUUUUUACCUGAUCAAAAGAUACAAUAUGUAUUUUUGGGGUUUCUGUUAAGUAUUCCCUUGCUGCCCUAUGAAAUUCAAUCUUGGCAUUAUCGUCGUUUUUAUUUUUUAGAGAGUGGACAUGAUUUUAAUGUUGGAAAUAAUAAAUCCUCCUGUGACAUUAAAGACAAUCAAGAUUUGGCUGUGGGAUGGGUAUAUUGCAGAAUUAUGCCAAGAGGUACACAUUUUCAACAGCAUGUAUGCUUUUGUGCAAUAUUUGAGAUUAAUUUGGCAGGAUCUGAGCCCUUGUGUGUUUUUCAUAAUAAAGUAUGUUUGACUGUAA